GGGACGACCAAGAGGACCCUACCCACCGUGACCACAACAGCAUCCCUCGUAGAUUAUUCUUAGCUUUUUUUUUCGUUCUACAUGGUUUCCGGAGGUGACUCGUUAAAUCGUGGCGUUCUGUCUCUUGUCCAGUGUUGUCAGCGCGUCGCCGCUAAACAUGCUGAUUCUAUAAGCAGUCUCGGGGAUAUGUCGUACGAUUUAGUGAAGCCAAUUCUCGAGGGAUGUUCCGCGGAAACGUUACUUCGGUUGGAAAAAGCCUCCCCUCACUUUCAAGAAGAAACGCAAGAAAUAUGGAGAAAUAUAUGCUUCCGGAGCUAUUCAAAAGCAACUGAACGAUAUCGAGAGGGAGAAAGCUCCUCUCCGAAGUGUUGGAGGAACUACUAUUUUGUGCUCGUGAAGGAGGAAAAGGAACGAUUGGAAGCAGUGGGCUCGAAGAUACGGACACAACGUCUCGAAGCGGCUGAAAAUAAGAAAGGGCGCGAAGUCAAAUUCAUUGAACGCGCACCUCCACAAAAGCGUUCAAGAUGGAACACCAUACAACCCCCAAAGACACUGUUUCAGAAAACGCGAUCUGAGGCUUCGAAACUCCAGAGGAACAUAUAUUCGGCUCGUAUGAUACCUCCAAUGCCGAAAGGGAGGGAUUACCGUCCCACCACCGAUGCGGGUGAUCUACUUCCCAAGCCUCCGACGAGUUAUACCAGUCGCGUAACAGUUAACAUCGUCAGACGCCAACAACCUCUAUCCACUGCGAUGUCUACUGCCUCUCAUUUAUCCUGUCCCCCUUCUGCACAGGCGAAGUCCAAGGAGUUAUCCAUAACGCCGACAUCGCCACCGAUCAUUGCAUCGUCAGUUCUGACAAAUGAUUAUAGACUUGGUUAUACCCAGAAUAAGAACCCGCCACCCUCCUCCAACACCCACACCCAAUCCCCUUCUCUCCCCAAACAGCCAGCACCUGUGAAAAAGGAUCUUAUGGCCACACUCUUUGUCCCUAAACACAAAGCUUAUUCUCAGCGAACGAAAUGACCGGAUUAUCUUUUGAAAUUCAUAUCUCGAACCCCUGCAUAUUCUCACCUGUGCAUUUAUCCAAUCGGAAAGUGUAAACAUAUCUGUGGACUGUACCAUUACGCGUUCAUUUAUCGCCCUUACAACAUCGCUGUACUUCAUCAGGACCUUUUUUUAGACUAUUGCGUUAAUCAAAUCCAACUCCUUGUUUCUGG